CCCAAGAUGGCUGCCAAUUUAUGUGAAUGCAAGGACGAGUUGUAAAGUGAUAUUCGUUAGUUCGGUGAUAUUUAGUUUAUACUGUGAUAAUAACUUUGUAAAUAUUACGUGGCUGAAGUGUAAGUGUUUACGUGCAAUCUGUUAUGAGUUUUCGAUGGUUAUAAAUCUAUAUGUGCAAUAUUGCGUUAGAAGUCAUUUAAAAUGUUCUGUGUUGAGUUGUGAUUAUUAUUUAUGCAGUGACAGCCCUAUCUGGGCUGAUAUGAUGCUUGUUGUUGGAUGAUACCGGUCAUUUCAUUGUGGAGGUGAUGGAGAAGGCGAAGGCGUACAUUAAGAGCUCGCUGGGCGGCAAGGCGUCGCCGGCGCGCGAGCCGGACGCCGCCGCGGACGCCGAGCCCCGUGUCUGCUUCGUGUGCGGCGGCGCCGGCCUCGGCGACUGCUAUGCUGUGCGCGUUAAGCCAGACCCACAGAGCUCGGAACCGUACUUCCCGUUCCUGGGUGCUCACCCUCCGCCUGCCGGGUACCAGGCGGAUGGUGACGAGGAGGGCACGGUGCGCUGCUGUUGCGUCUGCUACACCUUCCUCCGUCAACAAUGGGAGCAGUACGACCGCGAGAAUAAACCUCACUCGCAACGGUUUUAUUGGAUGAAGCGGUUAGACGGGAAACCUUUCAUUGGCGCGGAUAUGUCGUUCCAAGGAGAGUACGCGGCGCAAGUAUUAGGACUCGGUGCUGAGACGGGCGCUAACAGAGAAGAAUCAGGCAACCCGGCCACACCGGGCGCGACCGCAGCGCCCCGUGCCGCAGAGCCUCCGCCCCCGACGACUGUACCCACGCCAACACCUACCACCACGCCGAGGCCUAAAGAUGUAGAUACCAAUCAUAAUGCCAAGUUUAACAAUGUAAGUCAUUAG